CAAUAAUGACACAUUGAUAUCCAUCCUGAUUUUCAUGUAAAUUUUCAUUUUCUAUUUUUACUUCCACAAAGGGUUCUGUUCAGUUGGAUAUUCAAAACAAUCAGAAAAGGACACCAUUGCUUGAAGCCGUUUCCCAGGGUCACCUCGGAAUGACACACCUGUUAAUAGCCCUGGGUGCAGACAUAAAUGCUGUUGAUGGUGAAGGUAACAGCUGUUUGCACCUAGCCAUGGCAACAGAAGUGUUUAAUUCCGAGGAUGCACCCUUGGAUUUACUAAACGAAUGCUGUACUGCCCUUAACCUGAAAAAGAAGGAAAGGCUCUCUGGUGUAGUGGUUGCGAGAUAUCUCGCCAACCAGGGAGCUGACUUUCACCAUAAAAACAACAACAAUAACACACCAUUGGACCUCAUUAAGGACCCAAAUUUGAGAAAAAAAUUAGAAGCAUUUUUACCACCACAAUGUUUGUUGCGCAGAAAUAAAGAGGCCACAACAAAAGUUCAUCCCUGUGAACACCUUCUGACAUGUGAAGAAUGUUCAAACGUUCCACUUAAACGAUGCCUGAGGUGUUUGAAACCUGUAACAAGCAGAGGUCGAGUUGGGGCUCCAAAGUUUGAAGACAGGUGUGUACAAACAGAGGCUACAUGUCAGGAAUUAGGGGCUGCAAAUCAGGCAAUAGGGGCUCCAAAGUGUGAGGACAGGUGUGUACAAACAGAGGCUACAUGUCAGGAAUUAGGGGCUGCAUCUCAGGCAAUAGGUGAGUAUAAAAUAAUAGUUCCCAAUUGAUUUCUGUAAGGUUUUCUUCCCCCGAGUAUAUUGUGCUUGAAAGAAUAACUGAAAACAGCUUCCAUUCCUAUUUUCCAAUUGAACGAUUAUCU